UUCAAAUCUCUCUCAUCUCUCUGAAAUCUCUCUCUCUCUCUCCCUGCCAUUAGCAAGCAGCCCCACUACCUUUCCAAAGUGCCACUGUUUGUUUGAUCAGCCAUCCCUCGUUUUCUUUAACAACACUCAUGUCAACAAAGACUAUUCCAUUACAAGUCUCAAAGCUCUCUGUUUUCUUCAAGAGCUUACGAAUCUCUCCUUCUUCUUCUUCUUCUUCUUCUUCUUCUUCUACCCACCUGAUACAUUCUCUGAACUCUAGGCCGAUACCCAUCUUCAUUUCCAUGGCGGAGAUGAUUGUUUGUUGGUGGGUUUGUUGAGCGAUGAACAAAAGCUUUAGCCUUUAGGGUUUCAUGUGAAACUGUAAUUUAAAGGGAGAGAGAUAUGGCUAUACCUCUAAUUUCAUCUAAUAUUAUUGCAAUCUUUCUUGUUCUAUGUUCUUUGUUUAUCUAUGGAUCUGCAGAAUUUGAUAUAUUUUCGCUGAAAGCGGUUAUAAGAGCUUCGAUUCCUGAUCUUCAACACAACGAAAUCACUGAACUAAGUCCUUCUCCUUCUCCAUUGUCCUCAUUCUUUAAGCGUCAUCACUUAAGAAAAAGGAUAAUUAGUCUCUCCCCUGAACCAUCAAAUCAGCCAUCUUCACACAAUGGACGACGCCAUAGAGGUCAUUUAAUCUCUCCAUCACAAUCCCCUGCUCCAUCAAUAUCAGAGACAACUUCCAGCCAAUUCAAUGUGCCUCUUUCAGCACCUACUUUACCUCCAUCGAGUUCUUCGCUUGGUAGAAAGAUAGCUCCUCAACCUAUGCCAUUCAUGGCACUGCCGCCUCCACCUCCUAAUCAUGACUGCACAUCAGUGACAUGUACAGAUCCCUUAACAUAUACGCUUCCAGGAUCUUCAUGUGGCUGUGUCUGGCCUAUCCAAGUUAGAUUGUUGUUCAACAUUGAAUUAUAUACAUUUUUCCCUUUGGUCUCUGAGUUGGCCAAGGAAAUCGCCACUAGUUUGGAACUGAACCAAAGUCAAGUCCGCAUAAUGGGAGCAAAUGCAGCCAGCCAGCAGUUGGACAAAGCCAAUGUCCUUAUUAACUUAAUACCGUUGAGACUAAGCUUCAAUCAUUCAGUCGCCCUUUUAGUGUUCGACAAGUUCUGGCUCAAACAGGUCCCAAUAAGGACUUCCCUUUUUGGCACCUAUGAUGUGGUUUACGUUCACUAUCCAGGUCUUCCACUCUCCCCACCUUCAGCGAACGCUGCAACAAUAGAUGGGCAGCCAUUACCAAACAGUGGAAAAGGUGGAAGUGCGAUAAAACCCAUUGGAGUAGACAUUCCAAGAAAACAGAAGGAUGGCUCGGUUCGAAUAUCUGUCAUAUUAAUCAUUUUAUCUUGCGUGACUUUUUUUGUUGUAUGCCUUGGAACUGCUUGGUUUCUGUUGGUGAAAUGUGGUUGCGUUUUCCAACCUGCUAUCCCAAGCAAAGUCCCUAUCAUACCAUCUCAAGAAAAUCCUUCAGGUACAGCAGGACCAUUAGCGGUUGGAAGCAAAGCUAGCUCAGCUUCGAUGUCUUUUGGUUCAAACCUUUUAGCAUACACAGGAACAGCUAAAGUAUUUGGCCUAGAUGAAAUAGAGAGGGCAACAGAUAUUUUCGACGAAUCAAGAAUUCUCGGGGAAGGAGGUUUUGGACUUGUCUAUAAGGGUAUCUUGGACGAUGGAAGGGAUGUGGCAGUUAAGGUCCUGAAGAGAGAAGAUCAAAGAGGCAGCCGUGAGUUCUUAGCUGAGGUUGAGAUGCUUAGUCGGCUCCACCAUAGAAACCUUGUGAAGUUGAUGGGAAUUUGCUCGGAGGAACACACACGAUGCCUUGUAUAUGAACUUAUUCCUAAUGGAAGUGUAGAAUCACAUUUACAUGGAAUUGACAAGGAAAAUUCUCCUCUUAAUUGGGCUGGUCGAAUGAAGAUUGCACUUGGUGCUGCUCGUGGCUUGGCUUAUCUUCAUGAAGACUCUAGUCCUCGCGUGAUUCAUAGAGAUUUCAAAUCAAGUAACAUUUUACUUGAACAUGAUUUCACUCCUAAAGUUUCAGAUUUCGGUCUAGCUAGAACCGCAAGUGAGGAAGGAGGCAAGCACAUCUCAACUCAUGUUAUGGGAACAUUCGGUUACCUAGCUCCAGAAUACGCAAUGACAGGCCAUCUUCUCGUGAAAAGUGACGUUUACAGCUACGGCGUAGUCCUUCUCGAGCUCUUAACAGGCCGUAAACCUGUUGAUCUUUCACAACCUCCGGGGCAAGAAAACCUUGUUUCUUGGGCACGUCCUCUCCUCACAACCAACGACGGCCUAGAAUCCUUACUGGACCAAUCUCUAAAACUAGACGUUCCUUAUGAUAUUGUCGCGAAAGUGGCUGCAAUCGCAUCCAUGUGCGUUCAGCCCGAAGUAUCUCACAGACCGUUCAUGGGGGAAGUAGUUCAGGCUUUGAAACUCGUCUGUAAUGAAUUCGACGAGACCAGAGACACUGCUAUUUCGAGAAGUAGUAGCCGCGAAGAUCUUUUCGUGGAGGGUGAAGACAAGAAUAUUGAUUAUGAUCAUGACUUGGAGGGUGGUUCUGGAAUGGUGGGUGGUUAUGAUUAUGAUGGGAAGAAGAUGGCAUUGUCGAGUACGGAUUUGAUUGGUGCUUCGGCUGGAUUUGAAGAACAGGAAAGAGGGUCUUUUAGAAGGCAUUAUAAUUCGGCUCCUUUGAGAAUGGAAAGGAAGAGAAGGCCGUUUUGGCAGAGGCUUGGAGGCUUCUCGGGUGGAAGCAUGAGUGAGCGCGGUUUUACUUUGAAGUUCUGGCCUGGGAAUAAUAAUAAGUAAAACUGAAAACCUGUUUAUUUGUCUUAUGUUUUAAGCAAUGGGGUUUGCUUCAUUCAUGGUUUUUUUCUGUUGUUGGUUGUUGUAAAGAACAUGUUGUUAAUUGACUGACUGUUUGGGUGAAAGACAAAGACUACUUAAGGGCUUCUUCUAAAAGAUGGUGAAUAAGAUAAAUUUGAACAAAAUGACUU